AACAAGCUAGGUCCGAAACGAAUUGAACAUCCCGCGAAUUUGUAUUGAAUGCACAGGUUGGUUGCGCGCUGUCGCUUAGUUGUCACAGAUUGGGGGCUGUAUUACAUUCUUCGUGGGGGGUAAGCAUUCGAAGCGCAGUAAGCGAGAACGGAAGUCUCGAGUAGAGGAUCCUGAAGCACUUGUGGUACCCAGUAUGACCUUUCCUCAGGUCACACAGCAAGUGGAGAUGGACGUCGAAGUGGGCCAGGAUUCGGACGAGUAUCUCCCAGACGCCUCCGAUGGGACAUCCUCGGCCAAAGACGACCCUCUGUCUAUCGCAGACCGUCCCACCCUACUACUACCGGAGGACAUUGUAGAGGAGCACUGCUUCACCUUUGAGGUGGAUGGGCUUUUCGACAAUCCCGAUCCAAAUUGCAAGAUCAAGAGUCGGGUGCCAGAGGUAUUCAGCGGCUGCGAAUGGCGCUUUCUUAUUUUCCCCCGGGGGAAUAACAAUAACUAUGAGCAUCAGAGCAUCUCCGUCUUUCUUGAAUGCGCCUAUAUAGACGCAAAUGAAGGUGCCGAAUGGAAGAAAAGUGUGUUCUUCACUCUUGCGCUUCUCUCUGUGUACCCAGAGAAAUCGCAUAUGAAAGACUCCCACCAUGUUUUCCAAUCAAGAGAUAAAGAGAGUGAUUGGGGAUUUAGCUCGUUUACAACUAUCAGCGAAGUCCAGGAUGCAAAUAACGGCUUUUCCGUCAACAAUAAGUAUACAUUUGAGGCGAGGGUUGUGAUAGCGAAGGGCAUCUCGUCGAUAUGGUCGACACUUCCCGGAUACGAUUCUAAAAUGGCCACGGGCUGUGUCGGGCUUAAGAACCAGGGUGCAACAUGCUACAUGAACUCGAUGCUGCAAGCGUUGUUUUUUACCAAUAAACUGCGCAAGGCUGUGUACAGCUUACCAUCCAAUGAAACGGACACUAGUGUGUCGUUGGCCUUACAGAGGGUAUUUUUUGAUCUGCAAACACUCGAUGAACCUGUGGGGACCACUCAGCUGACUCGCAGCUUUGGCUGGAACACGGCAGACGCAUUUAUGCAGCACGAUGUGCAAGAAUUUAAUCGUGUGCUAUGCGACAACAUGGAAAGUAAGAUGAAGGGCACAGACGCAGAGGGCACUAUUGCGAGUCUGUUUGAAGGCAGGAUGAAGAGCUACGUGAAGUGCAUCAACGUCGAUUACGAAAGCAGUAGAUCUGAGAGCUUCUAUGAUAUUCAGCUGGUGGUCAAAGAUAAACAGUCUCUGUACGAUUCCUUCGACGAGUACGUGGUGGAGGAAACAUUGGAUGGAGAUAACAAGUAUCUCGCCGAGGGCCACGGUCUGCAGGACGCCAAGAAAGGUUGUAUAUUCGAGAAGCUUCCGCCCGUGUUGCAUUUGCAGCUUCGACGCUUCGAAUAUGACAUUGAUGCGGAUGCUAUGGUCAAGAUAAACGAUCGGCACGAAUUUGACGAAAGAAUCAACUUAGAUAAAUACCUGCACAAUCCCGGAAGCGAACCGGCUGAUUACACAUUGUAUUCGGUAUUGGUACAUUCCGGAGACAUCCACAGCGGACAUUACGUAGCCUAUAUCAAACCAAAGAUAGAUGGGUCAUGGUGUAAAUUUGACGAUGACAAGGUCACGAAUGUAUCCACGGAGGAGGCGCUGGAUGGAAAUUUCGGAGUCGAUAAGGUCAAUGGACAAAUCAGAAUGGGUAGCAAGGGCGAUAAGACAAAGAAGUUCACAAACGCGUACAUGCUGGUGUAUAUCCGGGACUCGUGUGUCAAUGAAGUUAUGGUGCCGGUGGAAGAUGACGACAUGCGGAAUACGCUGAGAGAGCAAUUGCUGAACGAACGACAGAAAGAUCAUCGCAAGAUCGUGGAUGCAGCUGAAGCACACAAGUACAUGAUGUUCCAGAUAAUUCAAGAUAAAGAGAUAGCUGAGAAUCAUGGAUUCCAUCUGUUCUCGUCUGACACCGCUUGGACUGAAAUGAAGGUGCACAAAUUGUCCACCGUGGAUGACUUUCUGGCACAAGCAGGUGAAGUGUUCGGUCUUGAACCCCACCAGAUGCGGUUCUGGAAAUUUGUACAUCGUCAGAACGGAACAAUGAGACCGCAUGCAGAAGUGCUAGGACUGGAGGGCCAAGGCCACCGGAGGAUCACCGAACUGGAAAAUUGGAAUGCAUUGAAGGGCUCCAAUGAGAAGCUUUAUAUGGAAACUCCGCGCGAAGGCGAAACUGCUCUGCCUCAGGUCUUCAUACACGAAAAGAGGGAUGACAGGACGAGGCAUAAUGACGAUGUGAUGAUUUAUCUCAAAGACUACGAUGCUGUAAAGGGACAGCUGACUUACAUUGGCUCAUGUGUUUUUCCGAAGGACGAACUCAUGGCAGCUGCUGAACCUGUCAUGCGCCAAUGGGCCGGUAUCCCUGACGGCGUUCCUUUAGUGGUUUACGAAGAGAUAAAACCACUGCGUAUUGACAUGGUCAACACAGAGAGGACUUUUCGGCAGGGUGAGUUGGCUUCUGGUGAUAUUUUGACAUUCCAGGUGCAGACAAGAGCUGAUAAACAUUGUAAAUGGCCCACUGUGAAAGACUAUUACGAGUACCUUGCCCACAGGAUAACUAUAACUUUCAACUGUAUCGACGAAAGCAGAAACGAACCCAGUAUAGAGCUGGAGUUGCGCACAGAUAUGAAACACGAUGAAGUCGCCCAAAUGUUGGGCUCACUAUUGCCUCUAGACGACGGCGACCAAGUGGAUCCUGCGACAUUGCGAUUCCACCUUCCGGAUGGGGAGAAAAGCAGCAGACCCGUUUUUCGAGGCAAUGGCGAGAUAAUGUUGGAGACGAUGAUAGACAGUAUGACCAUCGAUCCUGCAAAUGCAAAUACACUUCUCUAUGAAUAUUUAGACGUCAAUAUCGUGGAAUUGGAAUCUAAGGUUCCCCUGAGCAUAUGGUGGAGGUCAGCGUCCGGUGAAGAGACAGAACAACGGCUUCUAUUGGAGCAUGGCACUACAGUCUCGAAUGUGCUUGAAGAUCAGAGGCACAACCCUAUGAUCAAAUUAGCACCUGGAGGUUCCGGGAAGCUGCGAUUACUGGAAAUAUAUGAUCAUAGAAUCUUGAGGGUAUACCAAGAAAAUGAAGCUUGCGAGAAGAUACGACAGGACGAUCGCAGAGCAAGACUAGAGGAGGUACCCCUUGAUCAACUGAACGCUGACAACUUCCUUAAUGUGGUACACUUCCAUCGCGAGGCCAAGAAACUGCAUGGUAGCCCAUUCCUCUUGGCGGUUCACGAGAGGGAGAUUGUCAAAGAUUUAAAGAAGAGACUUCAAGCAGCUUCAACGGCGACACCGUGUGAAUUCGAGAAGUGGAAGGUAGCGAUUUUAGAUGCCGAGGGUUACAACAGUAAACCCAAAUACCUUAAAGAUGAAGAUAGUGUCCAGGAACUUUUGUCGAAUGAACUUUAUCCUCGUAUAGGCCUCGAUCAUCCAGGGAGGCCGUCGAACUACCGUAGCAAUGAUGCACAAGCGGGCGCUGUCGUCAUUCGAAAUUAAUAUACAUUCGGCAUUGACCUUCGUUGCACGGUCGACGCUGAAGAUAGUGAUUUGGGUGAGACCUGGCGGAUGCCAUUCGCCCGCGUUUCUGCCCGAAACUGGUUCUUCAGAAUUGCGUUCCCUUUAAAAAAAAAAUCUGCUUAUUAAAGGUUCGGGUUCCUGGAAAAAUA